AUGGCGGCAAGCGCUCUGUUCACCCUCGACGGGGCAAGGGGCGAGGCGUUGGCCAGGCGAUUGGCAAGGGGCGAGAGGCGAAGGAGGCGGUGCCGCGCUGCCUUGGCAAUCAUUGGCAUCUUACUUCUGCUGGCUGCAGUCUGUGCGGUGGAACUGUUCAUGUCGCGGGGCCAGCGAGUCUUCGGUGCUGUUCUACGA